CUCUUGACGCUCCAUUCUCCUUGUCUUGUUUGUUGUUGAUGAGCGUUGCGCAUGUCUUCCAUUUUUGCCCCCGGUUACUCUUUUAACAUUCCCGACUUUGAGGUCAACGAGGCCGUCGGCGGGUGUAUGCCUGAGACUCCGGAAGAUAGUGGAGCAUAUGGGAGAAUCCAUGAAGUGUUCUUGAGCUUCAGAGGUGAAGACACACGUGCUUCUUUCGUUUCGCAUCUCUCUGCCUCUCUUCAGAAUGCUGGAAUCGAUGUUUUCAAGGAUGAUGAGUCGCUCCGUAGGGGAGAUCACAUUUCAGACUCACUGCUGCGAGCAAUUGAAGAGUCUGAAAUUAGUGUUGUUGUGUUCUCAACAAAUUAUGCAGGGUCUCCGUGGUGCUUGAAUGAGUUAGGGAAAAUAAUGGAGUGCCACAGAACCAUAGGGCACAAAGUUCUCCCGGUGUUCUAUGAUGUUUAUCCCUCCGAAGUGCGCCAUCAAAAAGGCGAGUUUGGAAAAGCACUCGAAAAACUUCAGGAGAGGAUUUUAAGCUACGUGAAUGAGGAGUUUCCGCAAUUGGUGCGUGGGAUUGGUGACAAAUCGGAAGUGAUGGAUUCCCGAUUGAAGGUCAUGUUCCCGAAUUGUAGGAAGGCACUUCGUGAGGCCGCUGGCAUGUCAGGUGUUGUAGUACUCAACUCCAGAAAUGAAAGGGAGACUAUAAAAAAUAUUGUUGAAAAUGUUGCACAUUUGUUAGACAAGACAGAGUUAUUUGUUGCCAAUAAUCCAGUGGGAGUAGAACCUCGAGUACAAGCAAUGAGUCAAUUGCUACUCCAAAAAUCAUCAAAUGAUGUCCUACUAUUAGGGAUGUGGGGGAUGGGAGGCAUUGGUAAAACAACCAUUGCUAAAGCCAUUUACAAUAAGAUUGGCCGCAAUUUUGAGGGAAGGAGCUUCCUUGCAAAUAUCAGGGAAGUUUGGAGGCAAGACGUUGGCCAAGUCAAUUUACAAGAACAACUUCUGUCUGAUAUCAACAAAGAAACAAAAAUAACGAUACAUAAUGCUGAAUCAGGAAAAAAUAUAUUAAAAAAAAUACUUUGCUAUAAAAAGGUACUUCUUGUAUUGGAUGAUGUGAAUGAAUUGGACCAACUAAAUGCUUUAUGUGGAAGUUACAAAUGGUUUGGUCCAGGUAGUAGAAUAAUCAUUACCACUAGAGAUCAAGAUAUACUCAGAGGGAGAGUUGACAUAGUAUAUACAAUGAAAGGCAUGGAUGAAGGUGAAUCCAUUGAGCUUUUUAGUUGGCACGCAUUCAAGCAAGCAAGUCCUAAAGAAAAUUUUACCCAACUUUCUAGAAAUGUAAUUACGUAUUCCGGGGGAUUGCCACUAGCCCUUGAAGUGCUUGGGUGUUAUUUGUUUGAUAUGAAGGUAGCAGAGUGGGAGAAUGUAUUGGAGAAACUUAAGAGAAUUCCUAAUCAUCAAGUACAAAAGAAGUUAAAAAUAAGCUAUGAUGGUUUAAAUGAUGAUACUGAGAGAGAUAUAUUCCUCGAUAUAGCUUGUUUCUUUAUUGGCAUGGAUCGGAAUGAUGUUAUACAUAUAUUAAAUGGUUGUGGGCUUUUCGCAGAAAAUGGAAUACGUGUCCUUGUAGAGCGAAGCCUUGUAACAAUUGAUAAUAAAAACAAGCUUCGAAUGCAUGAUUUGAUAAGGGACAUGGGAAGGGAAAUCGUUCGUGCAAAUUCACUAAAGGUUCUUGAGAAGCGUAGCAGGUUAUGGUUUCAUGAGGAUGCGCUUGAUGUAUUAGCAAAAGAAACGGGAACAGAAGCUAUUGAGGGACUGGCUUUGAGGUUAUCAAUAAAUAAUGCAACAUGUUUGAGCACUAAAGCUUUUAAAAACAUGGAGAAACUUAGGUUGCUUCAACUUGCUGGUGUAAGACUUGAUGGAGAUUUUAAAUAUCUUUCCAAAGAUCUUAGAUGGCUGUGUUGGCAUGGAUUUCCUUUAAAAUACAUACCAACAAACUUUUAUCAAAGAAAUCUUAUUUCAAUUGAGUUACAAAACAGUAAUGUUCAACUUGUGUGGAAAGAAGCUCAGCGGAUGGAGAAACUUAAAAUUCUCAAUCUUAGUCAUUCUCAUUCUUUAACACAGACUCCAGACUUUUCAAAAUUGCCUAGUCUUGAAAAGUUAGAACUCAUAGAUUGUCCAAAAUUGUCUAAGAUUUCUCAUACCAUUGGACAUCUCAAUCGAAUUCUUCGAAUAAAUUUGCAAGAUUGUAUUAGUCUUCAUAACCUUCCAAGGAGUAUUUAUAAAUUGAAAACCCUUAAAACACUCAUUCUUUCAGGAUGUUCAAAGAUUGACAAGUUGGAAGAAGACUUGGAACAAAUGGAGUCUUUGACAAUCCUUGUUGCAGAUAAGACUGCAAUAAAAAGAAUUCCGUUUUCAAUUGUAAGGUCAAAAAGCAUUGGAUAUAUUUCUUUAUGUGGUUAUGAAGGAUUCUCGCGUGAUGUGUUUCCUUCUAUCAUUUGGUCUUGGAUGUCACCAACCAAUAGUCUCUCAUCCUGCAUUCAAACAUCUGUGGGAAAGUCAUCUCUUGUUUCUUUAGAUGUGCCAAAUAGCAGUUCUCAUCAUCUAUCAUAUAUUUUAGAGAACCUUCCAAAGCUUGAAAGUCUUUGCAUAGAGUGCGACUCAAAACUUCAACUAACUCAAGAAGCAAAAAAUAUUAUAGAUGCCUUAUAUGCCACAAAUUCUGAGGAUUUAGAAUCAACUACAACUCCCUUAGAAAUGCCAGACAUUGAUGCUUCUACAUUAAUUGAAUGCAACAAACAUGCACACACUUCAGGGUCACAAAAAUUGUUGGCAUGUCAUUUAAUUCAAAUGGGAACAAGUUGCCGAGUCACUUAUAUUCUGAGACAAAGCAUUUUACAGAAUAAAAGUACUGGUGAUUGCAAUUAUGUGCUCCCUGGUGAUAAUUAUCCAGAAUGGUUAACAUUUGACAACCAAGGUUCUUCUGUGAUUUUUGAAGUCCCUGAAGUAAAUGGACACAACUUGAAGACAAUGAUGUGUCAUGUUCAUUAUUCUUCACCAAACAAUAUAAAAUCAACCGGCUUGAAAAACUUACUGGUGAUAAAUCACACAAAGACCACCAUUCAAGUUUUUAAGAGAGAUGCAUUACUUUUCUGUGACAAUGAGAAGUGGCAAAAAGUACUAUCAAAUAUAGAUCCUAAAAACGAAGUGGAAAUUGUUGUUGUUUAUGAGAGCAAAUUAAUUGUGAAAAAGAUAACAGUUUAUCUCAUAUACGAAGCAAUAGAUGAACACAUGGAGCACUACCAAACAUCAAAUAAGAAUGAAAUUGUUUCUAGUGAUGAUGAAAGUGUAUGUGUUGUUAGGUCGACCUCUCCUAAAGUGUGCACUCAAUUUGGUCACGGUGGCAAUGGUAAACGAGGUUGCUUUGGCCGAAGAGGUGGCCAUGAUGGUCAUAGCAAUGUUCAAUGUCAAGUAUGCAAUAAAAUUGGCCACAUUGCUACCAAUUGCUAUCAUCGUUUUGAUCCCAAUUAUGAUGCUCCAGGCAAUUUUCAGUUUCAGAAUCAAUUCCCUCAACAGCAACAAUUUCACUUCUUUUAUAUGCAUCCUACACUAUUACAAUAUUCCAUUCUCCUUUUAUUAAUUGUUAUUUUAUUUAAGUUGUUAGUGUAAACUAGUUUAACAGGUAACUUGUGUACGUUAGUUUGUUUCUUGUUCUAUUUUAU